UUGCCUAGAGGGAGAAAGUGCCCUCUUGCGCACUCACUCACACUCAUGUAACUACAAUGGUUUAGGCGUACUCUCCUGCAAUUGCAUUUAUGUAUAUAUAACAGAGCGUCCCCUCGGUACAGACACAACAGUCAACGAUAACGUGGACUAGAGUACAAACACCAAUCGCAAUGGCCUGCAAAUACAUCGUGUUCACCACCCUGCUGGCUUUCGCCAACGCUGGAUUCCCAGUUGCCCCAGUGGCCCCAGCCUACCCAGCAUACGCCGCCCCCGCUUAUGCUGCCCCCGCAUACGCCGCCCCCGUUGUGGCCAAGGCUGUGCCAGCAGCAGUCACCUCCCAGUCGGCCAACAUCCUGAGGAGCUACGGCAACCUGGGACAGGUGUCCACCUACACCAAGACCAUCGACACCCCCUACUCCAGCGUCAGCAAGUCUGAUGUCCGCGUCAGCAACCCCGGAUACGCCACCUACGCCGCCCCCGCCUACCACGCACCUGCUGCCUACGCCGCCCCCGCAUACACUGCCCCUGUCGCCUACAAGGCCCCAGUAGCCGUCGCCGCCCCCGCUUACGCCGCUCCCGUCGCCUACAAGGCCCCAGUAGCCGUCGCCGCCCCCGCUUACGCCACUCCCGUCGCCUACAAGGCCCCAGUUGUUGCCGCCCCCGCAUACGCCGCCCCCGCCUACCACGCACCCGCUGCCUACGCCGCCCCCGUCGCUAAGGUCGCCACCCCCGCUCUUCUUGGAGUCGCCUACUCUGCCGCCCCC